UGACAAUCUUAAAGUAGCAGCGAUCAUUCAAUACGAACAGCAAACAUUAAGAAUUUUUUAUUUCGUACUACAACAACAGUUAAACAACCUGGACGGUGACUGGACAGAGGACAACAGAUAAAAUGGAUGGUAAACAUAACAAAGCUUUCCAAGCGGACGACACUGGAAACCAAAUUGAACUAAAUAACGUGUACUAUGCAUCUAAGUAUGCUAGCGAAGACACCAAUAAAGCACAUAAACAAGAUUUGGAAUCAAUUGCAAUUGACUCAGACUUAACCGACACGAAAGACACAAACGAAGGUGAUAACGACGGGAACUGUUGCACAAGAGGAAUCGCAACAAUACACACCUCAAUCACAGGAUUAAUGACUGAUAAUGUAAAGCUUAUUUCAAGAAUUGUUCUUGUGAUACUCAUUCUGUUGUACAGCGCGUAUCUUGGCUAUGCCAUCUACCUCAGUCCCUCUGGUGCCAUUGCUUUGAUUGUAAUCACUGUGUUUGUCCUUGUUUGUCUUGUG